AUGAAUAAAACACGUUUUCAAAAAUUUGCAAUUGGCAGCAAGCCAGUGUCCGACGGGCGCAGCACUUUCGCAGCGGCGCAUGUUUAUCGAUCGCGAAUUCUUCGUCGCUUUGCUUCGCAGUCAACGCAUUUUCCAUGGAAGUUGCUUCAAAAGUGGUUAUCUGGGUAUCAGAGGUACGAGGAAAAUGAGAGGCACGUGGAAGUCUGGAGCUUCCCAGCACUACCAGAGGCAAAGGCGGCUGCCGUUGCCGCCUCCUACCUGAUGUCCCAACACCAUCAGUAUGCGCGAAGCCAUGAAUCUGAGAACGGAGAUGCUCAACACCCUCGCCAAAUUUUUCGCUGUACCCUCAGUGAUUCAUGCUGAUACUGUACUUCAAGUCAUUUGUGAUUUUUGUGCACGCUGCCGAUCUAUCCACGAAGACCCGAAGACGCUUUUCACAUCCGAAGAACGCCGAGAGUUCCAUAAGAGUCUAAACGAGUCAUUACCACAGAAAAUGAACGAAUGUUUGGUUGAACACCUCUAUUGCUUAGACAUGAAAAGUGCCACAACAUUUCGUAAAAUCCGCUCUGGUUUACAGUUCCUUAGAGAUGAUUUUAUAGCUAGAGGGGAUAAAGAGGUGCAAGAUAAGUACGAGCGCUUGAUGUAUAGCGAUGGAGUCGGAAACAUCGAGGUUAAGCUGAA